GGGGAGCCAUGGCCGGGGAGAACCAGCCGCGGAGCCUGCGGAAGAGCAUCUCGGCGCAGCAGCAGCAGCCGCCCCCCCCGCACCCGCACCCGCCGCCCCAGCCCCAGCCCCCCCGGCCCCCCCACAKGCAGCAGCCCCCGCCCCAGCCCCCCGGCGCCCCCGAGAGGGUCACCCUCAAGAAGGAGAUCGGCUUGGUCAGCGCCUGUGCCAUCAUCAUCGGUAAUAUAAUUGGCUCCGGCAUCUUUAUUUCACCCAAAGGAGUCCUAGAGCACACCGGUUCCGUAGGCCUUGCACUGAUCAUUUGGGUGCUUGGAGGAGGCAUUGCCGCACUCGGGUCAUUAUGCUACGCGGAGCUAGGUGUGACCAUCCCGAAAUCAGGAGGAGAUUAUUCCUACGUCUCUGAGGUUUUCGGUGAAUUAGCUGGGUUUUUACUGCUGUGGAGUGCAGUGCUUAUCAUGUACCCCACCAGCCUGGCUGUUAUUGCACUGACUUUUUCCAACUAUGUUCUACAGCCAGUGUUUCCUAACUGUAUCCCACCCUACAAGGCCUCCAGAGUCCUCUCCAUGGUGUGUUUAUCUCUCUUGACCUGGGUGAACAGCACCAGCGUCCGAUGGGCCACGCGCAUCCAGGAUAUAUUCACAGCGGGAAAACUCUUGGCCUUGGGUCUUAUCAUUACUGUGGGCUUCAUACAGAUCUUCAAAGGAAACUAUGAAGAACUUCUGCCAAGCAAUGCUUUCAAUUUUUGGAUGACCCCUUCAGUGGGGCAUUUGGCAUUAGCUUUCCUCCAAGGCUCCUUUGCAUUCAGUGGAUGGAACUUCCUAAAUUAUGUAACGGAAGAAUUAGUUGAUCCUCGCAGGAAUCUACCUCGUGCCAUAUUCAUAUCCAUCCCAUUGGUGACCUUUGUGUACACGUUCACCAAUAUUGCAUAUUUCACUGCCAUGUCACCCCAAGAACUCUUGUCUUCUAAUGCUGUUGCGGUAACGUUUGGCGAAAAGUUGCUGGGAUAUUUUUCCUGGAUUAUGCCCGUCUCUGUGGCUCUGUCGACAUUUGGAGGAAUAAAUGGAUAUCUUUUUACCUCAUCAAGGUUGUGUUUUUCCGGAGCACGAGAAGGCCAUUUACCCAGUUUGCUGUCGAUGAUUCAUGUCAGGCACUGCACCCCAAUUCCAGCCCUCCUCGUCUGUUGUAUGGCUACUGUCGUCAUUAUGCUGGUUGGAGACACCUAUACGUUAAUCAAUUACGUGUCCUUCAUUAACUACCUCUGCUACGGAGUGACAAUCAUAGGCUUGAUUGUUCUACGAUGGAAGAAACCCAAGAUCUUCCGACCUAUCAAGGUUAAUCUUCUGGUCCCAAUCACUUACCUGAUAUUUUGGGCCUUUCUCUUGAUCUUCAGUUUCUAUUCUGAGCCAGUAGUCUGUGGAAUUGGACUGAUUAUCAUAUUAACUGGAGUGCCAGUGUUUUUCAUUGGAGUGUACUGGAAAAAUAAACCAAAGUGUGUCCACCGGAUAGCAGAAUCCUUGACACAUUGGGGCCAGAAGGUGUGUUUUGUGGUGUAUCCUCAGGGCGGAUCGCUAGAAGAGGACGAUCUACCUUUCCCGCAUCCGUCCCUCCCAGGAAGUGAAAAGUCCUUGAAGAAAUAAUUAUCUAUUUUACACAUGCAAAGUAGAUUGUGUUGUUUACAUGAUGAUUUUUUUUGGAAAAAAAAUAAUGAAAAAAAUCUUGAAAAUGUUUUUUUUUUUUAGAAAUUCAAUAGUAAAAACAUACAAAAUGAAA